AUGGCACCCCUUGAUCUUCCUUCGAGCACCGACGUCGUGUUUGUCGAUACUCUCCGCGUAUCAGCCAACAUCGGCCGGGACUGGUGGGGCAAAGCACGAGCACAGCCCAUUGAAAUCACAGUAUACCUCCACCUAGAAGAAUCCUACCUCCAAACCUCAGGCAAAACAGACAACGUCCUCGACUCUGUGCACUACGGCCAUCUCACCAAGACAAUCAGCACCCUCAUCAAGGAACGGUCGUCCGAAGAGGAGGCAGGGGAGAGAAGCAGCGGGUUUGCAGAUGCCGAUGAUCUGAUACAGGCUGUCAGCGAGCGCGCGUUCGAUCUGGCUGGCGAUGCAGCUUCCGAAGUCAGGGUGGUUCUGGGUGUGCCGAAGAUGAUUCUCCUUGCCAGCGGCUUCUCUGUAGACACAACGAUCGCCAAAGGCCCACCUCAUUUUAUGUCAUCGAAGAAUGUUUCUGUGAACGAUAUCGUCCUCCCAGUCAUUAUCGGCGUCAAUCCUCCGGAACGAGAAGAAAAGCAACGCGUUAUUAUUAACAUUACCUUUCACGAAAACACGGAACUGUCUCAGGUGAAAUCCCCCGAUUACAAGCAGAUCGUCUCGGGCCUUUGCAAGGAAAUUGAACCUACGUCCUAUCUCACCCUCGAGAAAUUCGUAAUGGAAAUUGUCCGGUUCUGCUGUCUCUCAUCCGACAAAGUUGCGGGCGUAACUGCUCGAGCCCAAAAACCCAGCGCUCUUAGCUUUGCACAAUCCUCCGGAGUUCAAAUAACCCGAACACGCGAAAUAUUCCUGUAA